ACCUGACACAUGUAGCCUGAGGUGCUUUGUGAUGUGGAGCUAGGCUAACUUUCACACUUUCAGGAUGUGUAUAUUAUUGUCUCGUCAUUCCAACGAUUGCAGAGGUUCAAGAUAGGGAAAGGUAGCUGCAGAUUGAAAAAAUGAGGCCAUUGAGUACUCUGUAUAUUUUAUUGGUCAUUCUGUAUUUUUCUAGGCCUUCACUGUGUAAAAAGAAGGAUGCACAGAAAUCAUCCUUACAGCUUCUUGAGAAAGAGAGCAAAAGGUUGGAGAAAACAGGAUGCAAGUCAAUCAAGCUGGACCAUGUCACCAGCCUCAGGGUGAACCAAAAGUGGGAACCAGCCACGGCCUGUCUUGUCCAGACCUUACAGGCAUCAUCAGAUGACGGGUGGGCGUGGUCCCAGCUGGGGGAGGUGUAUGACAGACAGGGGGAGAAGAAGAAAGCCUCCAGCUGCUUCCAACAGGCAGCAAAACUAACAGGAAAGCUGACAGAUUUCGUGAGAAAGUGGCAUUUUUUGGGUCCCUUCGUGAUUGGUAAAGUUGAGAUAGAUGGUGAUCCAGUGGCAUCCUGGGGCGGUAUCGCCAACGUCUCUGCCGCCAGGUUUAACAAGAAGGCUGUCUUCUAUUCUGAGUUGAUACAGGGUGGGGAGGUAAAGUGGAGCACUCUUAAUCAAAAGUCUGCAGGUGAGAGGCUGCAGGUGUCCCCCCAGGUGAGCUGGAAUGACCUGGUCAUGUCCCUCGGCUCCAUGGCCAUCACCGAGUGGCAGGGCUGGAUGGUCGGCGAGUUUACUGUCAAUGACAACGAUGUCAAAGUGCUCGUACAAACCUUGGGUGUGCCGACUUUCUACAUUGACAAUAUUCCUGUAGCAGGGGAGGUGUACCACAGAGACCAGUACUGGUUUUCUGUUCCUCUAACAAGAGGAAUCCAUACUGUAUACAUCAAACUAAGAACAAAAGUUACACAGCAAGUCACUUUUAAUAUAAAGCUGGCUGGAAGCAAUGUAUUAGAGGUCCUGGCCCCUCCCUACCUGCCAGACCUGCUAGAUGGUACAGUCCUUGGUCAUGUGAUCCCUCUGCCGAUAGCCAAUCACCAUCCAACACACUGGAUCAAGAACAUCAGGGUUUCAUUGGUCAAGCAGGAAGGAGGCCCCAAAGGGCCAAAAGUAUCAAUCAACCAACCGGAGCUUAGCAGAAGGUUUCCACUUGCACCUGGACAGGUAAGAAUAUAUGAUGUGUACAUUACAACAAAGGAAGGGGUUCAUAUGGAGCAGACUUCUUGUCAGGAUAUGAAAUUAACCCUCCAAGUGAGCGGUUCUGAGGGGAAUUCUCAGGUCGUCACCAUCAACCUGAGAUGUCGGACAUAUGGGCAGUCAUUUGUUUUCACAUUCCUGGACCAUGACGGAUCGGUCCAGCAUGCGGCAGCAAUCCCACCCCUAAAGGACUGUGUGACCAGGAGGUGUCCAGUCUUGCUGACUCAUCAUGGUACAGGUGUGUCUUCUCAGAACCAGGCUGAUAGUUACAAGAGGAUGGAAGGCAGAGACUGGAAGUUUGGCAUAGAGACGGCCUGGACUCUGGCACCAACAAGACAUGGAGCACACAACUGGGAGGGCCCAGGAGCACUGACAUCCAUGACAGCAUUGCACUGUCUACAAGAGUUGAUAGAACCUGUAUCCUGGAUACAGAACAAGGUGGACACACAGAGGGUGAUCUUUGCAGGACACUCCAUGGGUGGCCAUGGGGCGUGGCACCUAGCAACCCACCACCCUGACAGGGCCCUGGCUGUGGUGUCACUGGCCGGGUGGAUCAAGAAGGAAGAGUACGGGGACAGCAAUGUGUUCUUCAGACAUGACAUCAGUACCAGCACUGCUGACCCUUCUGUAAAGGCUAUUAUGGAAGCUUGUAUUGCAGAAAAUGAUGCGGACAGGCAUGUGUCAAACUUACAAGGAGUUCCAGUGCUUACUAGGAUUGGUGCGGAUGACCGAACUGUUCACCCAUUCUUUGUCAGACGAAUGUACCGUCUACUCCAGGAGACAGGGCUGAAUGUUACAUACAGUGAGCUUCCAAACAAGGAGCAUUGGUGGUGGGACACAUGGGACACGAAUGAUGGAGGUGCAGUAAACGACCCACAGUUGAGACAGUUUGAAAUCGAACAUUCCAGACAGAAUACAGAUGCAACUGAAGGUAGCUGUUCUCAUGACUGUUCAACAUCAAAUGUCGCCAACAGAUACAAGAAAUUACUUGAUGGCAGCUACACCCUGACUGUGUUAAACCCUGCUUCUGUGGAGGGUGGGAGGGGGGUACAGGUUCUACAGCAGACAGUGCCCAUGAGGACCAGUACAGUCAAGAUGGAGUUCCAGCCUGGACAAGCCAUACUGGUGACACAGAAUGUUGCUCGCUUCAGACUGUAUGAACCUGACCUUCAUCCUGUAGGGUGGGUGGAAAGGUCACUGCAGGUCGAUGGGGUCACUUUUGAAGACUCGCGCAAGGUCACUGAGAGUGAAGUCAACAUCUGCAAGAAGGAAGGAACAUGGAGUCUUUGUAGUGAUGGCGAGAGUUUUGAAUAUGAAGGACAACGGGGUCCACACAACAUGGGCCCUGCAAGGAGAGUAGCAGAACACAGAUUUCUCAUUGUCACUGGUGAGUACUUCAACACCAAAUGUCCAGGGACCCAUGGUCCUGCCUUGGUGACCGCCCAGCUGGAGAGGUUAGGUGUUUACCUGGCUAACCUGUUCCACCUGACCUCAGACACCUCCGCACCUGUGGUCAAGGACACCGAACUCAGGACUGAAGAUGCAGAGUUGCACAAUUUGAUUGUGAUAGGUGGACCCAAAGAAAACAGCUGGGCUGCAGGUUUUAUCAACAGUGUCCCUUUAGGUUGGGACGAAGGAGGCAUGACCUUGGGAGACUGUCGCUUCACCCACCCUCGUACCGGCGCCCUGUUCCUGGCCAGGCAUGCUGGGAAGGGCCUGUCCCUGGUGCUGCUGGGUAAUUCCCUGUCAGGGCUGGAGGAUGUGGUGCAGCUGGGCAGACCCACUAUUCCCCCCAUGACCAGGUCUCCUUUUUCCAACUUGGUGCCUGACUUCGUCCUUACUGGCCCUGACUUCCAGAGAAGCGGACCUGGAGGGUACCUGUGUGCUGGGUUCUGGGGGAACCACUGGGACCUGAGGAGGGAGCUUAUAUCAUGUGCCUGCUAGGGGAACCUCGAGGGGUAGGGAUGUGUACCUAAAUGUAACAUCAGGUACAUGUACAUGUACUGGUACAGAGGUUAAGAUAUGUAAGUUACCUGUAUACCAAAGCAUAAACAAUUUUCAUCUCUGUGAUAGGAAUAACCUAAAACAUCAAGAAGUUAUAAGUUAUAACUUGAGUGUAAAAUGUAUCCAGCUAAAGUAUAGAUACAUUGGACAUACUUAUUUUCACAGUAUCACAGGUACUAAACUGGGUCACAUGCCUACUCAGGGGGAGGAGCUUAUGUCUUGUGUCUACUAGGGGAACACCUCGGUAGGAGGGGGGGGGGGGGCUUGGAAGACAAUUGAAUAACAACUUUUAAGUCCAAUUCGUGAAUUUAAAAGUUUGUAAGCAAGGUAAGAUUCCAGGUUUACAAUUGGUAAUCCUUUUCAGGGAAAAGACCCUACAGGUAUUUAGUAAUAUUUAGUCAGCUUAAAAUGUUUUAACAACAGUUGUUUUUAUAUAACCAGUGCUGCUUUCCAUGUUUUUGGUGCAAUAUGACUGACUGCUUUUAUGUUUUCGUGACUCGGUGAUAUGUCAACUACAGUACAACUGAUGCAAUUGCAUUCAAUAUUAAAGACAGAUAGUAUCAAAAUAUGCAA